ACCGUUACUGUACCAGAGCUUGAGCUAGCGCUCAAGAAAUUCAUACUAAUCUAUCAAUAUCGCACUAUUCUAAGCGAUACUAUGAUGAUCGAAAAGGCAAAAUUGUUAGCGGAUAAACUAGGAGUCCCUGAAGGCAAGUUAUAUUUUUCUUCUGGGUGGCUCCAAAAAUUUAAAGAGCGAAAUGGAAUCUAUCAGAUAAAGCUUCAUAGAGAAGCAGAUUCUGUUGAUGAGGAUGUUAUUACUGAAUCCUUACCUUUAUUGAAAAGUAAAUGCUCUGAAUACCCUCUUGACCGCAUAUAUAAUAUGGACAAAACCGGACUUUUUUACCAAUUGGAACCGGAUCGAACCUUAGUGAAUCGGCGAAUUGCAGGGCGCAAAAAAAAUAAGGAACGUAUUUCUGUGGCGUUAUGUGCGAAUGCUGAUAGAUCCUAUAAGUUAGCACCUCUUAUGAUUGGCAAAUAUGCCAAACCCCGAUAUUUCAAAAAUGUGAAAAUUAAUAAUUUGCCCAUGACAUAUAGGAGCAAUGCUAAGGCUUAG